GAAAUAUGGCGGAGGCCAACGCCAGCACGGAUGUCACCGAAAAAUACACCUUUUUCUGGAAGAGUGACUCUCCAUUCAGUCAGUGGCAUCCAAGUAAAUUCACCGUCGAUGGCCAGUUGUACAACUGUGCAGAGCAGUAUAUGAUGCACGAGAAGGCAGUUUUAUUCGGUGACUACGAAUCAGCCCAUGCAAUCCUGGGAACCUCUAGUCCAAGGAAACAAAAGAUGCUCGGAAGGAAAGUAAAAAACUGGAAUGAUGACCUAUGGAACAAGGAGUGCCAGAACAUUGUCCACAAAGGAAAUGUUGCAAAGUUUUCUCAAAAUAAAGACCUCCAAAAAAUCCUUCUGAAGACUGCUGGAACUACCCUUGUUGAAGCCAGUCCUCUCGACACAAUUUGGGGUAUUGGACUGGCUGCUGAUGAUCCAAGAGCUUGGAACAAGGCCACCUGGAAUGGCAGAAAUCUUCUUGGUUAUAUUCUUACAGAUGUUCGUGAGGAGAUUUUGCAGUCAUUGGAUGCGACUGAAGAAAUUAUUCAACAUGUAUGAGCAAAGCUGAAGUAUAAAACAGAUUCAGAUAAUAACAAAAACAAACCAUAUUAGCUUUUUUAUCAACCAUUUUACUAGAAAGUAUGUUACAGUUUACACUCAACCAAUUUGUCCAGACAUUUGUUAUUCUGGUUCUUAAAUAUACUGUGUUUACUAUAAAGCCAGUUUUGGUGCGUCUGUUCAGAUCUAUUGCACACAAACGGGCCUUUUGUACAGGCUAAAUAGCGUCUACACCGUAUAUAGAAGUUCCAAGUCUAUACAAUGUUAAUAAGUAGAUAAAUUACUGUGGACGUCCUUUCUGUCCGAGGGGCUACUUCUUGGAAUCAAUCCCCAGAUCAUACAAGUAAUUCUCCCAUGUCCUCGUACUUUCUUGCAAAAUAUUGGCAAGUAAGGUCAUGACACAGCAAAUACCUCUGGAAGUUUGGAAAUAAAUCCACUGGACCACUCGGAGAGACCGAAAAAUCAGUAGCCCCC